GUGUUGCUGCGCCUUCCCGCUGAGCAGCAGACAAACAAGCAGCGGCAAGCGAUCCCGUAAAACCAGAUCUUCGCAACUAUAUUAAGGCAUUGUCACAACGGCAUUGUUCUCGCGAGAAAGAACUAUCUAACUGCUGGUUAGAAAUAGUUUGCACCCGUAGAUCGGCGAGCACUACCGAGAAGAAUAGGUGCGCAGAUAGGCUUACGCGCCGCACCGGUUCUUGCUCCUCGAACCAGUAGGCCCGCCGUGUUCUUACGUGCCCGGACGUACGCGCGCCUGCUGUCCGCGGAUUGCUCCCGUCUCAAUACCAUCACGGAGAACCGGUGGACAGGCAGUCUUUAUUUAUGGACUCGAGUGCGUUCGCGUGUUGGAAUUCCGGCGCUUGGCUGCUCGUGUGCGCGCGGAUACGUGAUUGAGUUUACAAGACGUUGUGGGAAGUAUUCUGUAGUGUAAUCGGAUGUUGACUCGACGCGUCGAGCGCUGGCGCUUUGCUAUUUUUUCCGAGGUUUACUUCGACAACAUUCCCCGCUGCGGUGCGGUAUUGCCUUGCUGAUUCGACGCAGAUAUCUUGGAUAUAGAUACAUGUGACUGGGAUAUUCGGUUUAUUUGUCGCCGGGCGCAUGCGCGUGUGGAUUGGGUAUCAUCAGGGUUCUAUGAUAACCGCACGUUAGCGCCAGCGCCAAAGACGAGUGAAAUAUGCCGCUACACAGCACUAGUGCCGGCCAUCUCUCGACACCCGCGUCAGAGCUGCUACAGCUCCUGUAAAUUGCGUAAAACUCGCUAUUGCCUGACAGCGCGAGAGUCCGCGUCCGCGAAUCAUCCGCAGCAUCCCUAAGCGACCAGCAUCCUCAUCCUCAUCACCGGACUCGGAGCGCGAUCGGUUGCCAUGACUCUCACGACAAAGCUGAGUCGCCGCAAGCGACGAUACACGAUUUCCUACGUGCUCCCGGACUGCGCCGUGAGACCGAGCAGCCCCGUGGUGGGGUCGGACAGCCCGGGGGUCGGGUCGUCCCACGCCCCUGGGGUGGGGUCGAUUGGCAUUGGAUUCUCGUGGCGACGCAGACACACGAUGCAGUCUGCAGUGGUGCCAGCUGCUGUCUCGCGCCCGGAAAGAUUCCUGCAGUCGUUCUCCUCACCGGAGCUGUCUCGGGUGGAUCACCGUGGCACCGUCCAGCAGGUUGAAAGGCUAUGGAAUUAUGAGAAGUACAUCCAGGAGCUGUUGCUAGAGACUCAGUCUGUGCAUCCUGAUUUUGAUGAACUGAACAGAGCAUCUGCCAGAACAAGCACCAUGAUGAAGCAGCUAUCGGAGCCACAGGACGUGGUUCACGCAGAUGUGCAGAAUGAGUACAGGCUGGAGAAAGUGCAGAACCUUUUCCCAAAUGACAAUCUAGGCCUGCUGGGCAUCUACCCUCAAAAAGCCAAGACGUUACAGAGAAGAAAGACGUUUGCAGGCAAAGGCUACAAAAAUAACUUCACACUCUCGUUAUCGCCGCAGAUGGACAUUGAGACGAGGUCUGUUAGGUCAUCGCUCAAUAACAACACUGGCCGCUUCUAUGUGAUGGAAGGACCCGUCACCUUGACGUCGGGCGUGCAAGUUCAGGACAGACAUCUGUUCGUCUUCAGUGAUCUACUCCUGAUAGCAAAACCCAAUAAGAGCAGCACGUCGUACAAGUUGAAGCACCGGGUACGCGUCUGCGAGCUGUGGUUUAGCGACUGCCUGAGCAUCGUCUGCGAGGCCACCAAGCACCAGGAGACCUCGUUCGUAAUCGGCUGGCCCACGACGAACGUUGUAGCGACGUUCGCGUCGCCGCAGCUGAAGAACAACUGGCUGGCGAAGCUAAAAGAACUAAUCGCGAUGGGGAAAGAGAAGGAAGUGCCUAAGACUGUUGUAUUGAAGAUAUACGUCUCUAACUCCAACAACGGUGCUCAUUACAAGUCGGUGACAAUUUCGAACACGGAGACAGCAGCCGAGUGUGUCCAGAAGGCAUGCAACCUGUUUGAGAUCAAUGCCGUAGAUGCUGGCAACUACCAGCUGUGGGUGACGUCGGGAAAGGAGGAGACGUACCCACUCAUCGGACACGAACAUCCCUACUCCAUCCUGAUGAGCCUCAUCCGUGACAGUCGCCAUGGCGACGACCUCAGCAGCCCGCUCGACCUCGGUCAGAUAUGCGUGCCGGACAACCAGACGCACUGCCAGUUCCGGCUCGUGCAGCGACAGAAACCCACAAUUACAGACUCGCCGAAGAAGAGCAAGAAGCGCUCGCCGGCCAACCUAAAGUCGCUGUUCAAGCGCUCCGGUAAGCUGCAGGAGUCGCCCAGCAGUGACAGCUCUCCGGCUGGCACCCCCACGGGCAAGCUGUUCCGCCACCCUCUCAGCGAUGUUUGCGACGCCGAAGGAAGCCUGCCGAAGCCCAUCAUGGAGCUACUGAGGGAGCUGUUCGCGCAGGGUCCGCGCACACAGGGCAUCUUCAGACGCUCAGCGAACAAGCGCGUCUGUAACGAGCUGAAGCAGAAACUCGACACGGGCGAGGCUGUGUGCAUGGCCGACAUCUCGGUGCUCACCUCAGCAACCGUACUCAAGGAUUUCUGCAGAAGCAUGCCGUACUGUCUCCUCAUGUCUAACCUCUACCACGAGUGGGCAGCAGCCGUAGAGGAGACGGACACUGCACAGAAAUGUGCAAAUUCAAAACCCUGGUUGGAAAGCUACCAGCGUCUCACGUCGAGCUACUCAGACACUUCGUCUGCGUCCUGUGGCACAUCGACCGCCGCCGCGCCGACAACCAGAUGAAUGCAUUAAACCUCGGCAUCUGCGUCGGCGUGAGCCUGCUGUGGCCACCAGAGGGCGCUUCGAUGGAAAUCGAGGCAGAUGCUAC